AUGCGGGCGGAGCGCAGUCGGGGGCGGGUCCGAUCCUCGGUGACGUCUUGGGCGAGGAGGGGCCGAUCUCGGGGCUCCGUAUCCCGGGGCUCCACCCCUUCUCCGGUUCCAGUUUCCUCGAUCCCAACCCCUGUGGUUCAGACCACUCCCAUCUCAGGGCGGUGCUCAGGUGUUCAACCUCCAUUGCUGGCUCAGCCAAAAUCCGCGCAGGCUCGGGUUCCACAAACACAACUGCUGCAGCCAAUCGAUACGGCUGAGGAGCCGAUCGAGCUCGUGACGUCAUCGCACCUGUCCAGGCAACCCAGUGGGGGGAUGACCCAAAUGCAGGGCAGAGCCACAACGUUAUCUCGUGGCAGGACUGCAACCAUGCAGCAGUUUCUUCCAACAACAUAUAAAGGGAAGGCAACGUUAAAGAAAACAGUACCACAGUUAGAACUUAAAGAUACAUUAUACGAGGAUCAAGGGCAAGAAGAAGACGUGAUACGAAUCUCAGCAUCAGAGGGAAUUCCGGCAUGGAUGUUUUCAGCAGCAGAAGCAAGAAAAGGAUAUAUGCCAUCAUUUGAUGCGAUGAAAAGGAUGCAGACACAAGAGUUUCAAAUUCCUUAUUUAAGUCCAGGAGCGAGGCCAAAGACCUCGAGUCAAAGACUGUUUGAAAAACAAUCACUGUUGACAUCGAAGACUCCACUGUGCAUGCAAUUGCCAAAAGAAUUUCUACAGGAAGAAGAGGAACAACCAAUGAAAAUGGUGGAUUGGAAACAAGUCAAAAAGGAACUGACAGAAGAAGCUUUGCUGCAAGGAUCAGGAGAUUUGACAAUGCCAGUGACAUAUGAUGCGCAGGGGCAGAAUCCAAGGUGGGAAAGAUUGAAUCACGAUGUGAUCAAAGACUUAGCGAGAGCUGUUCAACGCAAUGGACUGGAUUCACCAUACUUUAAACAGCUCCUGAGGGGGACAUUUAACAUGUAUGACCUGACGCCAUUUGAUAUUCGAAGCCUUGUGUCAAUGAUUCUCACAGACACGCAGAAUCUCAUCUGGGAAAGAAGAUGGCGAAGAUAUCUCACAGAGUUGAGGAACAAUUAUCAAGGCGGGCCAAACGCGAACCUCACUGAAGCACAGUUGGCAGGAGAUCCUCCAGAUGACAAUCCAGCAGAACAAGCGGUACGUUUUCCAAGGCGAGUGUUGAAUGACAUCAAGGAAGCGGCGCGGAAAGCGAUCCUGCAGAUCGCUCCAGCAGGAGUUCCAGAUGUCCCAUUUUCAACCAUCAGACAAGGUCCCACAGAACCAUAUUCAUCAUUCAUAGAUCGACUCACGCAAGCGGUGGAUCGACAGGUGACCAUCGAAGCUGCGAAGCGACCACUCUUGGAAAGUCUCGCAUUCGGCAAUGCCAACCCGGAUUGUCAACGGGUCAUCACUGCAAUGCCAGGAAGACCAUCCUUGGCAGAGAUGGUGGAAGCAUGCAGCAAGGUGGGAACACCUCAGCAUGUUGCGUCGAUCGUGAGAGAUGAAUUGAGAGGAGAGUGGGAAAACCAGCUGAGAGAACACUCGGGAAAACGAUCAGAAGAAGAGAUGCUGGACAAAAUAUUUCAACAGCAGAAUGAAAUUCUUGCAACCAUCCAGAAGAAAAACAAUCCACCUGGAGGACAGUGCUACAAGUGUGGAGCAUUUGGACAUUUUAAGAAGAAUUGCCCACAGGCGCACGCACAAGCGCAGACGCAAAAACCGCAAAAACCACUUUGCGCACGAUGCGGAAGAGGAAGACACUCUGUGAAAGAAUGUUAUUCUCAAAUGGAUGUGGAAGGAAACCCUUUACCACAGCCGGGAAACGGGAAAAAGAGCGUGCACACAAAUCGCCAGCGCGCAACGACACAAGUGAUGGCGAUGACACAAGAGCAGGCAGGACAGUCAUCGGAGACCAUCAAGCAGACACCCUCAGCAAAGUCCUCAGCAGACUCUCCAGCGACCCAGACCUUCUUCCACCAGGAGCGCAUUAUAUCAGCAGACAGAAAUACAGAAUUAACAGUUCUAGCAAAAGCCCUCCGUCCACCGUUGAUCGUGGCGGAAAACACUCAAGUUGCGAGAGCUUUCGCAUUGCCACCACAUGCCAUUGGGCAGGUUUUGUCAAUCUUUGAUGAGGAAGGGCAUCCUCUGAGGGAGAAUGUUGAAAUUCAUGCCACGUGGAUCAAACAUAUAGGUCGGGAUCGACCCACACUCACAUGUCAAUUGACUUGUGGGGACAGAACAAUAGUGGUCAGAGGAAUGCUUGACACGGGAGCAGAUGUCACAGUAAUUUCGACCGGGAAACAAGACAGCGAUCAUUCGUCCGUUUGUUGUGCAAAAGCCAAUCACAGUUUGGGGAAGAGAUUUGUUGGCUCAGUGGGGGACGAAGAUCGAGAUGGAUUUUUAAUUGGGGUCACUGCGGCACUCGCCACACUGAAACUGACUUGGAAAACAAAUGAUCCGGUUUGGGUGGAUCAGUGGCCCCUUGAACGAGAAAAGUUGAGUGCGCUGAAGAACCUGGUCCAACAACAAUUGGAGAAGGGACACAUCAAACCAACAAAUAGCCCUUGGAAUUCUCCAGUGUUCGUCAUCAAGAAAAAACUAUCAGGUAAAUGGAGGCUGUUGCAUGAUCUCAGAAAGAUCAAUGAAGUCAUUGAGGACAUGGGACCUCUUCAGUUGGGACUUCCAUCCGUUUCGAUGAUUCCCAGAGAUUGGCAACUCGUGAUCAUCGAUCUCAAGGAUUGUUUUUUCAGCAUUCCACUUCAUCCAGAUGAUGCACCAAGACUUGCCUUUUCCGUUCCAAGUAUCAACAAGGAAGCACCGUUGCAACGAUACCAUUGGGUGGUACUUCCACAAGGUCUGAAAAACUCGCCGACAAUUUGUCAAUGGUACGUGGCACGAGCUUUGUCACCAGCACGGAAGAAAUUCCCGCAGGUGAAGAUUAUUCAUUACAUGGACGAUUUGCUCAUUGCAGCGUCAACACAACAGGAGCUGCAAAAGGCUCGUGACUGUGUGAUCACAGAGGUGCAAAAGGCAGGUUUGGAAAUCAGUGUUUCAAAAAUUCAGGAGAUUGCACCUUGGACAUAUUUAGGGUGGAAAAUCUCAGAGAGAACGAUUAAACCCCAAAAAAUGGAGGUCAGCACAAAAGUCAACAAUUUGCAUGAUGUGCAACAACUUUUGGGAGAAAUCAACUGGAUGAGACCAAUUCUAGGGAUCACGAACAACGACAUUCCAGCGUUGCUCAAUCUUUUGAGAGGGGACACAGACAUUCGAUCUCCCAGGACACUCACGCGAGAGGCAAAAAAGGAAUUGGAAAAAAUCACAGAUGCUAUUCAAAAGCGUCAAGCACAUCGGUUCGUUGAAUCAUUGCCUUUUGAGUUGGCAGUGCUGGGAGAGAAAACACAGUUCCACGGUUUGAUCUUUCAAUGGGAUUCAUCCCAAAGAGAUUCUUUGAUAAUUAUAGAAUGGAUUUUUCUACCAUACAGGACUUCAAAAACAAUUCUUACAGAUCUAGAAAUGAUGGCGCAAAUCAUCAUCAAGGGGAGAACAAGAUUGUUGACAAUGGCAGGACGAGAAUUUUCAAUCAUUCAUUUACCAUUGAAAAAAGAUUAUUUUAAAUGGGCGAUGCAGAAAUCAAAAGAUUUAAUAAUUGCAUUGUUAGCUUUCCCAGGAACUUGCACAAUUCAUUUUCCACAACACAGAGUGCUGCAGUCACAAAUAUGUUACAGGGCAAAGCCAAGAAUAAGUGAAGAACCUCUGGACGGGAUCACAGUAUUCACUGAUGGCUCAGGGAAGACACACAAGUCAGUGAUCACAUGGGUGAACUCAGAAACAGAGAAAUGGGACUCGGAUGUGAGGAUGAUUCAGGGUUCUCCACAAAUUGUGGAAUUGGCAGCAGUCACUCGAGCAUUUCAGUUGUUUGAACAACCUCUCAAUUUGAUUACGGAUUCCGCAUAUGUCGCGGGGGUAGUCAGACGCUUGGAAGGUUCACUCUUGAAAGAAGCCGACAAUGAAAUAUUGUAUUCAUAUUUGGUGAGCAUGAAAACUUUGUUGGAAAAUAGGGAACAUGAAUAUUUUAUCACACACAUCAGAGCUCACACAACACUUCCAGGGUUUUUAGCAGAGGGGAAUGCUCGAGCAGACAGGUUGACAAUGCCCAUUUCACGGACACUCCCAGACAUUUUUGAGCAGGCAAAAUUGAGUCAUAGUUUUUUUCAUCAGAAUGCACAUGCAUUGAUGGAAUCCUUUCGUCUCACAAAAACUCAGGCGAGAGAGAUCAUCAAUGCUUGUCCAGAUUGUCAACUUGUGCAGCCGCCAGCCUCAACAGGAGCGGUCAAUCCGCGAGGACUGGAAAGUCUUCAACUAUGGCAAACAGAUGUCACAAAAUAUCCCUCAUUUGGGAGGCUCAAAAAUGUUCAUGUUUCAGUUGAUACAUUUUCGGGAGCAGUCUUUGCUUCAGCACAUGCAGGGGAAACAGCAGACCAUGCUUGUCGACACUUUCUACAAGCAUUUGCGUCAUUGGGCGUGCCUCAGGAAAUAAAAACAGAUAAUGGUCCAACUUAUACAGGCAGGGUGCUUGACAAAUUUUUGAAAAAAUGGGGUGUCAGACAUACCUUUGGUAUUCCACACACACCCACAGGUCAAGCAAUCAUUGAAAGAACACACCAUACCUUAAAAUCCCUUCUAGAUAGACAGAGGAGGGGGGAGCCAGAGGCGACGCCACACAUGAAACUAAAUAAAGCAUUGUAUGUGUUGAAUUUCCUAAAUAGUUCAUCCUCAGAACCCAAUCCUCCAAUCUUGAGACAUUUCUCAAAUAGUUCACAGGCAAGAUUAAGGGAGAAUCCUUUAGUUUUGGUCAGAAACCCAGAAUCAGGACAGAUAGAAGGUCCUUUCAAACUAAUCACUUGGGGCAAGGGUUUCGCUUGUGUUUCCACAGAGCAAGGUCCGAAGUGGGUGUCGGCACGACACGUGAAGCCGUUUCGAACGCAAGAAGAAAAGAACACAGAUCCCGGAAACAGAGAGACUGUGGGAGCUCAGUACGUCACUCCGGAUGUCCAGAGCUACCGAGACAACCCUUGGGGGGCUCGGAGGCCCUGGAAUGUUGCCAAAAGUACCUGGUGGCUUGACUUUGAUCCUUGUAAAGAAAUGACACCUGAAGGUGAGGAGAUGAGAGAAUUUCAUGUCUAAAUGGUGAGGGGAUGUUAUUCACUUGUUAGAACUUAAGUUAGAAUGCACUGUACAGGGGGGUUUUAUGUAUUGUACAGGGGGGUCUAGAAUUCUGUGCAUGGAUCAGGAGUCCCAAGAUGGAGGAAUUUGGGGGUGCCCUGUCCUUCUUCUUUCUUCUCCUUGGCAUCCAUGUUCAGGAUGAUGUUGGCAUGUGUGGAUUGGUUCAUAGAAAGAGGACACUUGCCAACAAGGGCAGAAAGUAUUGGGAAGUAAAGGUAAAUAUCGAAUACGUAAUUUUCAUUAUAAAAGAGACAACCGCCUCGUGGGCGGGAGAGAGUGCCUUUGGCUGUCCUGCUGAACAGACCUCGGCUGGACAGACAGAAAAUCUUUGUAGAUAAGAAAUAAUAAACUCGACUGAAGACCGAAAGCAAGAGUCCAGACUCCUUCUUCGAGAGCGCGGCCUACCCAGAACCACUUUUUCCCGUGCUGGGGCAGAGACAAUCAACAGCCGACCCCAGCAUCUGGCGUCCCUGGGUGGGCUCGAAGGGGGGCCCGAAGGUGGGCACGAGGAGCGACAGCUCGAGCGGAGAGCCGAAGAGUGAGCUGCAAAGAGAACACCCAGGUGGGCAGCACCCGAGCGGGCAGCUCCCAGGCGGGCAGUUCCCGGAGCUGGACUCAUUCCCAGGAGAGCACUGAUAACUCCUUGGGAAGGCAGCCAGAAGAGUCCGAAGAAGCAGCAGCCAAAGAGAGAACACCGCACUCCACUUCUCCCGAAGAAACCUCGUAUCAGAACAGCCCGGAGCGGAAUCAGAAGGGCCCCUGAAUCCAUCUCCUGUGACCUGCUGGACGGGAACCGGGAGCCUCCAGACUACUCUGACGACACAAAUUCGGUGAGAAGGUCAAAAAUUAAGAAACAUGGGGAACACACUCACACAGGAACAAAUAGAAACAUUGUCAGCCUUACAAGGCGUGACAGAAGCGUACGCAGAGGGGGUUUCUAAAAAGGAGCUCAAAGAGUUAUUAUUGUGGGUCAGACAUAAUUAUCCGUUUGCAGAAACACAUGUGUUGUUUGAGGUGGGCUUUUGGCAAGAAGUUAACAGACAUUUAUAUUUUUUAGCUGCCAGAAAGGAAGAGACGGCUUUCAAGCUGUUAUCUCCAGCGAGAAUUAUGUUAGAGGCUAUCUCUGCAAGGUGUCGGAGAUCAGCCAGGGAAUUAGGUUCCACAACUCCCACAAGGGCGGGGAAAACAGAGCAUGGUUCGGUGCAGAGAUUGGCUCUGGUUCCAAUUGGCGCGGGGGGGACAGCUCCCGAGGGAGAGGAGCAAGGGGAAAAGGCACUGCUUUCAGCCCUGUCAUCCCAAAGUCCCAAGAGACCUCCAAAACGCCCUGAAAUCCCAGAAACUGAGGGGGGUUCAGGCUCCGAUUCAGACGCGAAUACAAUCCCAACCCCAGAAGAGCUGAGAUCUCCACCCAGCGAGAUCGAGGGGUCGGGGA